GCGUACGUCGGUAUUAUAGUGUACGCGAGAGAGUCGGUGCACCUCUCGGCCGUGGGCACGAAUCGCGAGUAAAAUGGAAGCGGAAUUUCGCUCCGAGGUUGAGGUCUGCCGUUGAAAACUGUGAACAUGGGAAGGUCCAAGUUUCCCGGGAAGCCGCCAAAGACGGCCACCAGGAAACGGAUCAAGGUGCUCGGCCAGCUUAAGGCAGCGCAAAACGAUCCGGUAACUGUCGCCGAGAACAUCUACUACGGACUUUCCCUGUUCAACGAAACAUUCGGUGACAACGACAAGGAACAUCCACCGUUCCAUGGAUUUAGCAUUAAAGAGGCUAAUCUUUCUGCAUCUUACAUAAAAACGCAGCAACACAAUGCAGAAAACACUACGGAUAAAUUACCCUCUACUACAGUCAAAAAUCAUGCGCCACAGUCAAACACGAAAAAGGACAUUACAGAUGUUAAAAAUUCUCCCACAGAUACCGAAAACACUAAUGUGGAAAAACCUGCCGAUACAAAUGCAGAACCGCCUCGAGACAUUGCGAAAGCAGUUACAAACUUGAAUACUAAAGAUACUUCAAAAAUUCGCCGAGCUAAAAAUCGCAAAAAUUGCAAGACUAUCAAGUUUGCUAAUUAUCUGGCAAAUCCAGUUUUAAAAUCAGUGAACAACAUCUUGGAUCAGCAUCAAAGAACUAGACAGUUACGCAACAGUACGGCGAAAAGAUUGCUUCAAAGGGCAAAAUCCAAUGGAAGUAACUCGCGCAACUUGGUGUUGCACUCUGGAGAGAAGUCCAACACUGUAAGAAAAUUUGUUUUACCCGUUCGCAGCGUGCAUUCGUCCAGGGUUAUAAAACCAAAUAAGAGGUUUAUCGAAGAAUUGGAAGAGAUUUCUGGUACGGAACACAGCGAGAAUGAAAUUGGUAUGCAUGUAAAAAAGGCUAAAUUAAAUUUGGAUAAGUUUAGCAAUCGGGAAUCAAAACUGAAAGCAGAUGUAGUUAAUAAAUCAUGUACAAAAUUUAAAGAUAAAGAAGCAAGAAAUAAAUCGAAAAAAGUGAUUGAGAGCGUAGAUGCCUUUGAUGCCGAGAUUGUACCUCGACAAGUGAAAAAUAUAGAGAAAUCGGCGAGUUCUGUUCAAAACGCACAAAUAUCAAAAACCACUUGUAGAGAAGUAAAGAAAUCCCAUACUGUAUCGUGUAAGAAUAAAGUAUCAAACAAUACAUCCGACAACUUUAAUAAUAAUCAGGAAUGCUUGCAAAACUCGAGCAGAGCGGCACAAACUACGAAAUCGGCAGUUCUCAGAAAUCAGAAACAGAUUUCUAUUCCUACAAAAGUUCUUCCUGAUUCUAAUGUUCCAAACUUUGAGUCUUCCAGGGUUCAAACGAGAUCGGGAACUCAAAAUGAGGUAGCGAGCGAUUUAAAUAAUACAGCCAGCUUCGAAAAUGGUGCCGGAUUAUUGGAAGGUGAUUGCGCAAAAAUCGAGCAUCAGCCCGAAAAUGGUAACAAGAUUGUGGUUAACGCGUUGAAUAAUAAUUUUGAAACGGAAAGCAAUUUGUCCGAAAGCGAAAACGAGCAAAGUAAUCAUUCGGAUAGCGAGCAAUCUGAAUUCAGUGGAAUGAAACUCAAUGGCGGAAAAGUGAUAUUGAGAAAAGCGAGAUUGAAAUUGGAUAAUAAAUGUUUGACUGGAACAGAAGGACCAUUUUCAACGUCAAGCACCAGCAAUACCGUGGGUGGAAACACUAAUUUAGGUUUAACAGGAACUAUAAAGUGCGGUGUUUGUGGCGCUGUACGAUUUUACCGAUUCGUGAAACAGGCGCGCAAGUUUGGUAUUCAUAGUUGCGAGUCUUGCCGCAAGUUUAUAAGCAAAAUGAUCAAGCGUCAAGCUUGCGCUAAAUCCUCAAACAAUGUUCUUCCUAUUCUUCAGUGUCAUAAAGGCGAUGGUCUCUGCUUAGUCCCGCCCGUUGUGAGGAGCCAGCAAUGGAACAUAAGAUGCGUUUAUAAAGCGAGAUGCCCGGCGUGUUGGUUGAAAAUGUGUUUGAAAUGUUACAACAUUCCACCUGUUUUGAGAACAGGUUUAAACGCAUUGUUACCACCAUUAAUGAGAGACCCUCUAAGUAUUUCCUUGCCCUUUGGUCAAGACGAAGAUGGUCAGGGACAAAAGCUAGGUCCUCAGUGUAAACUCAGUUGGCCCUCGGAAGACAGUUUGGAAAGAAAUUUGUUCAAGUCUGCGAUGGGUUGGAGAAAUUUCGAAAUGGGACAGAAUGAAACGAAUUAUCAAAGUGCCGGAAGUUUUCUCUAUACAAAGAUAGACAAAUUUGAUUCUUCGAUGAGUAUAUCGCCGAAUAAAAAACGGAGAAAAAAUAAUAGGAUUAAAGUGAGAAGGAAAAUUAAAAGUCCAGUGCUCGCUUCCUCCACUAAUAAUCAGUAUCCGCAAUCUCUUAGGCAAAGAGUCGAAUUGAAAGGACCGAGAGUAAAACAUGUUUGUCGAAGUGCCAGUGUCGCUCUUGGACAACCUAUUGCAACUUUCCCAACUGCAGACGCGAAAGAAGACGACGAACACGGUAAAAACAUUCCAAAAUCGGCAAAAGAACUAGAGAGAAUAGAGAAGAAAGACGAAGUAACGAAAGAGAAGGAAAUGCAUAAGCAUAACGAAGAUAAUAAUUUUAAUCUUAAUGUGGCACAACAAUCACAUUCAAGAAGGGGAAAACCGCAACAGAUUGUAUCAACAUCGCAUUUUCCAGUGAUGUCUAAGGCAGAUACAGAUACCUUAUAUACAGUUUCCAUAGAUUUCUGGGAACAGUACGAUCCUUCGGAAGUUGGGGCGAAAGGGUUUGCUCUUAUCGGUUCUGAGCUGUUUCACAUACCUGCUAUUUGUUAUCUAUGCGGGAGCGCCGGCAAAGAGCCGUUAAUUCACUGUCAAUGCUGUUGCGAGCCAUAUCACGCUUUCUGUUUGGAACCCAGCGAGUGGAAUGCUUGCGCACAGCCAAACUGGUGUUGCCCCCGGUGUACAAUAUGUCAAUCCUGCCAUCUCAGAUCCGGUCCGAAAUUGUCUUGCAUACGUUGUCGUCAGUCGUUUCACCAUUCAUGUUUGUCCAAGUCCGGUGUUAGCUCGAGAUUGUACAAUCCUGAUCGACCCUACGUUUGUCAGAGUUGUAUCAAGUGCAAGAGUUGUGGUAGCGAGGGCGUCAACGUUCACGUAGGCAAUUUACCUCUGUGCUCCAUGUGCUUUAAGUUAAGACAGCAAGGCAAUUAUUGUCCUUUAUGUCAAAGAUGUUACAACGAAAACGAUUUCGAUACAAAGAUGAUGGAAUGUAGCGAGUGUUCUUGUUGGGUACAUGCCCGUUGCGAAGGCCUUUCCGAUGAGCGUUACCAGAUACUUAGUUAUUUACCCGAUUCGAUCGAAUUUACGUGCAGCCAAUGCUCCUCUAACAUAAACUCUGUCUGGAGGAAUGCCAUAGAGGCUGAAUUAAAGGCAGGUUUUAUCAACGUCAUAAAAUCCCUAAGUAAAAACCGCAAGAUUUGCAUGGCUCUCAAGUGGAGUCCCAGGAAGGAAUGUCUAUGCAGGCCAGUUUCAACUGUAAGGGGACUCGAGUUUCCCGGAGAAGACAAGAGCGAGACAAAAGAAAACGAGGAGUUGGAAGAAUGUAACGGUGAUAAAUCUACGGAUAUCGACUCAAACUCGAAUAUCAAUUAUCGAGACGCUAUCAAAUCCGAUGUAAAGGAACAUUCGAUAGAUGGCUCCGGUAGAAAAGGUCUGCGACGGCUGCGACAAAAAUUUCAUCUGAGAGAAUGCUCGGUUAGGGUGAAGAAUUGUGUUCCGAAAGAUUUGCAAGACGUUGAGAGAAAGGAUUGGACGAAUCAGGAAUCGUUAAUCUCCUCCAACAUUAUGGAAUGUCGCUGCUCCGAGCAGCAAAUCAUCGCGAGACCUUCGCCCACUUUAAUGUCGAUAAAACAAAGGGUAAAUGGCAAUGAGUACAAAUCGCUGUCGCAAUUUCAUUGUGAUAUGGAGCACGUGAUCAAUUGCGCCGGUUCAAAGGAUCUGACGGAAACUUAUCAUGAAAUUUUACAAGAGGUAUUUCCCUGGUUUACUCCAAAAAAUUUCAAAAAUGACGACAAUGAUGACGAUACGUCAAAUACAUCUGCCAGAGAUAUUAGCAAAGAUUAUACUAUCCCUCUGACUAGGUUCGAGGAUCCUAUUCUAGAAAUGUGGAAGGAGGAAGUGACAAAGGCGCCGAAAGCGAUCGCAACGAAAACGAUAAAUCUGUAUAAUAUCCAUGUCGAAGACAGCAGAUCGUGUUGUUUAUGCAAAGGUUUGAGCGACGGACAGGAGACGAAGGAGGGCAGGCUGUUUUAUUGCGGACAAAACGAAUGGGUGCACGCAAAUUGUGCACUAUGGUCGAACGAGGUGUUUGAGGAGAUUGACGGGUCGUUGCAAAACGUUCACAGCGCUAUUUCGAGGGGUCGUUUGAUCCGUUGCACGGAAUGCGGCAAGAAAGGCGCGAGUAUCGGAUGUUGCGCGAAGAACUGUAGCAAUAUUUUUCACUUUCCAUGCGCGAGAAAUAUCGGGCUCACUUUUAACGAUGAUAAAACAGUAUUCUGCGUUUCGCAUUCGAAUAAUUUUCCUCGCAAAUCAUUACAAAACGAAAACGAAUUUAGUUUGAAGCGGCCAAUAUACGUAGAAUUAGAUCGUAAGAGGAAAAAGUAUGCGGAACCUAAUAAGGUUAAGAUAAUGAUUGGCUCUCUAAUGAUCGACUGUCUAGGGACCAUUGUUCCCGAAUUGUCUGACACGACUGAGAAGAUAAUACCGUGCGAUUACAAAUGCUCGAGGCUCUAUUGGUCCACAGUGAAUCCUUACAAGAUUGUAAGAUAUUACAUCAGAACUUAUGUGCAGGUACAUAUGCCGGAUAUCACGUCCGAUAUGGAAAAUAACAUCACCAUCGAUCAUACCAAGGAGCAAGAAAAGGAACAAAUAUCAGUCGAUACGCAAAAAGUCGACUAUUUGGCUGUUAAACAGACUUUAGAUACGCUCAUCGAUACAGUGUGCAGCAAAGAAGUUGACGAGAAUUUGGCGGAACAAAGCAACACGGAUCUUUUACCACCAGAACUGAAGGAGGCUAUAUUUGAGGAUUUACCGCACGAUUUGUUAGACGGAAUCUCUAUGCAGGACAUUUUCCCAAAAAUGUCGUACGAGGAUUUUUUAGCUAUGGACUUGAAAAAUGACAGUACCUUUAUCGCGGAUCUAUUUAAGGAUGAUAUGUUACCGUCAGAGAUGGAGGAGACGACAAAACCGCCGGAAAGUAAAAUCUCCAAAAUGGAUCCGUCUGUGUUGGAAUUGGGAACGCACAACGAUCUCUGGGUACGGUUGGAGGCAAAGACUGCGGUUCAAGAUCUCGUGGAUGAUUUAUUUAAUUCGAAGAAUCAAAAACGCGGCGGUAGAGAACUGAAACGAUCUAAAUCAGAGGUGAUGUCGAAUAAUCCGCUGAUCGUUGGCGGCCAGCGGCAUCAUCAUCAGCGCUCCUGCAGUCUUACUUGGAGUUGUAAACUAGACAACACCUAUGGUCCUGGCAUAAAGAGACGGAAAUUACCCCGAAAUCCAUCCAACGCCAAACCAAAUGAAACUGGCCUCAUUGUAUUAGAUUCACAAAACGAACGCGCGUCCAUGUUUCACGAGCUGAGGAUUCCGGAGAGCAUCAUGGUCGCCGUGGGAAGAGGAAAUACGCCCAACAUAUUAUCCGAUUCAGUGCGUGAGUUGAAAUAUUGCAUCGAAGAUUCCGCCGGACUAAAUCGCCGCGUAUUGCCAACUAGGGACGAAGGAGCGAAAGAGCACAAGAGAUUGUUUUGGCACCCGAGACAACAGCAGCCGCGAAUAGUGCAGGUCGAUGGAUCAAUUGAUGCUAAUAGCGCUAGCGAGUGUAGUUCACCGGAAUACAAUACCGAGGAGAAGAACGUGAGUCUGAAUCAUAUAUCCGAAUCGAUUCCGCAGUUGGACGGCAUCAACGAUGACGAGCACACGUCCGAAUGCGAAUCAAAUGUGGAGAAGGAUCUCGACUUGUAUACACGAUCCGCAAAUUUUUUACACUCGAAGCGUAUCCUCGGUUUUAUUAGAUCGCACGUCUCCUCCAGCAAUGCCGGUGACAAGUUACAAAAGGUGAGAAGCGGCGGCGGUGGUAACCACGUAGUCGCUCCUUCUAGCAGAUGCAGCACCUUGCAGCACCUCGAGACGGGAAGUUUGUUCAAAGAGAAAAAUCUCAAAUUGAAUCUGCAAAUUCCUCAAGUGGACGGCGCGGGUGAUAUCUCGAGCGACGAUGAGUGCGUGUCGUCGCAGCAUGUCUCUGCGGUGAGAAUGAUUCAUACUCCGUAUGAAUCGCCGGCAUUCGAGCAUCACAUCGAUCGACCUGUCACCUGCAAAAGAUGCUGCUGCACAUAUCGCACCCAAGACAGUUACAAUCGACAUUUGACCAACUGCGAUAUUAUGAUCACCAGCGACAGCGACUCGGAGACCAUGGACAACAAGCUGGCGUCGCCGGAAUCGAGAUUCUCGCCAAACGUAGGUUCGCCACAGUUUAUCACCCUCUCGCCGUCCGAGGGUCACACUUUGACAACCGAUUAUACGGACAUCCAGGCAACGUCGCCUAUCGAGGCAUCCGUGCCGUCGCCUCAUCCGAACAUUCAAAUCGAACCGAUCGCCCAGGCGAUCAUUACGCCGCAGAUCCAUACGGCGCAUGCCACGGUCGAGACCGUGCAUCAGACAGUAUUAACGUCCAACGACGUGAUUGUACAGACCCAGUACACUCGCAGGACCACCACCUUGCCGAAUGCAGCAGUAUUACCUUCUCAGGAAAGCACGGUGCAGAUAACGGAGAUUACGGAUCCACCGUCCGUCUCCAGCGAUUCCAACAUUACGGCGCACGGUAUGGUGAAUACGCCGAUGAAUUCGCCGGACAGCACGAAUUCGCAAACUGUCUCCAGUCCAGAAGUGUCGCCCACGUUGUCGUCUAUGGCCGUCCAGACCGCUCACGAAUCCGUUCAUGCGAACGCGCAAGCAAUUUCUCGAGCUUCCUCCAAGUCGAAGAAUCCGCGGAUAGCCAAGUCCAGGACUAAGAGCAUCAAGUCGCAGCAACAGCAGCAGCAGCAUAUCCUGAAGAAUGUUGUGCAGACGCCGCAUAACGUUGCGCACGCCAGAUUUCAGCCGACGAUACAGAGCGGCCAUCCACCAGCAGUCAUCCAGCUGCAACAGACCACCCAAAGACCGACAGUGAUUCUUCAACAAGUAGCAUCGCCGGGAAUUAUGUCCGCUUAUGUGGAAACGCUGCAACAGCAAUCGGGCCAAAACUUGCAGUACAUUACGACAAUCGGCGGUGGGCAACACGAAGCCAGCUUUAAGUCGCCGCCGCAGUUAAUCGCUACAAAUUCCCUGCUACCGAGCACCACUUAUAUACAAGCGCCGUCCGCCGACAAUCUCUUGACCCUGCAGAAUGGCGGAAUAUCGAUACUGCCGAGUGUCCAGAUUACACCGACACAACCUGCGGUGUUGGGAACUAUCAUUCAGCAACAACCUAGCGCGAUUCAGUGCGGCGUUAUAUCAUCGGAACAACUAUUGUUGAGUUCCACGCCCACGCUUGAAAUGUUUGCCGAUCCAACCGGUGGCAUGUUUGUGUCGAAUCAACCAAUGUAUUAUGGUCUAGAAACAAUCGUUAGCAAUACAGUAAUGUCGUCCAGUCAGUUUAUGGCGGGCGCGGUACCUCAAGUGUUGGCCAGCAGUUACCAAACAACGACUCAGGUGUUUCAAGCAUCCAAAUUGAUGGAGCCUAUCGUGGACGUGCAAGCUGUACCUACGGUAACGACGGUACAAGCCGUACAAAAUGUAUCAGGCGUUCCGAGCGUGUCCGGCGUACCUAACAUUGCCGGCGUACCAAACGUUGCAAGCAUGCAGAGCGUGAGCGGCGUGCCAGCGGUACCUAAUGGUUACGUGGUAGUAAACCAACAGACACCGGCAUCAUUACCACCACCGCCGCCGCCGCCACCGCCACCACCGCCACCGCCGCCACCGCCACCGCCACCGCCACCACCGCCACCACCACCUCUACCAUCAUCAUUAACAUCAUUAGUAUCAUCGUCGUCGUUGUCGUCGUCAUCGUUGUCGUCGUCGUCGUCGUCGUCGUCGUCGUCGUCGUCGUCAUCGUCAUCAUCGUUAUCGUCGUCGUCAUCAUCAUCGUCGUCGUUGUUAGCACCUGCGCUGCCAGUCUCGGUACUAGCGCCAGUUCCAACAGCAGCAUCGAUAUCAUCGCCACAGGUGAAAGCGAUUACGACGCUGCCGCAGAUCAACAUAUCCGUGGCGACUCAAGAACGAGCAUUCAACAGCGUCGCGCCAUGCAAUGCCGUGUCGCCGAUAUCGUGUCAAAAUACGAGCGUCGAACAAUCGAUGACGUCGGUUCAAGUGGCGGAUGUGUGUCCAUUGAACGUACAUACUACCAUUGUCGCUGCGACGUCGCCCACAAAGCUGUCACCCCUGUCGCCGCCACACACGAUACCGACGAUACCUCGCGUUGCGGUACGACCAAAUCCGAUCACGCAAGUGAAUCACGGAUCCACCUGGAAAAUCACCGAGCCUCUGUUUGAGCAACCGAUGAGUAACAGCGUGCGGCCCUAUUUCGACUCGAAACACGUAUCGGAGAAUACCAGUAUGAUCAAGUCGAGCAUAUCAUCGUCCAAGAUACCGCCCUUACCGAAUCAUUAUAUUAUCGCGCAGAGGAAUCCAAUUGUAAAUAACAAGUCGAGCCAUGAUGUAAAUAGUGUUCACAAGAGCUGCGGUACCGUUGUACCGAACACCAAUUGCAUCGUGAACGGUAGUGUCAGCGGUAACAACUCGAUCGUCAAUGCCACCUCUGUGCAAAACAAGAUAUCAAUGCCAACGAGCAAUAACAUGCCGACCAGUCGACCGAUGAACAGGGUACUACCGAUGCAAGCGGUGACACCGAAGCAGGAUCCGGUCAAGAAGGACAAUUUAGCGAUUGAAGAACCUACGAAACCGGUAUUCAAGCCAGCCGAGCCAGAAAUCGCGGAAUCAAAGAAGGGAAUUAUCAAGGAGAUUACGCCGAUCAAAAAAUCUGAGGUUGUAUUCAACAACAUCAAAGACGGUAUCAAACUGAAUACGGAAACUAUCGAAAAGGUAAAGGAGAAUCUCAAACUGGAGCUCGACAAGGAGAAGCUGCAAAACACAUCGUUGAAAAUAGUGUUGCAGAAACAACUGCAAGAUGGUUCUUACAAAAUAACACGCAACAUGAAGGCGACGGUCAAUCAGAGCAAGAAAGUAUCGCCGCAAGUGACAUCCGUGGAGAUAUUGCCGUCGAAGCAGGUGCCCCAGAUCGCGUCGCUGCAAUUGUUACCGAUUAAAACAUUCACGCUCAAGACGAAUAAAGUCGACGAUAAGAUAAAGCCCAAGAUUGAUGCAAAGAUGAAUAUACUCAAGGCAAAGGCACCACCCGUCGCCGUCAAGAAACCUAGGAUAGUGACAAAAUCAAUUAGACCAGUGCGAAAUAAUCCACAACAGAGUCCGCAUCACAAGAACUACGCGAAGGGACCGAUCCUAAUGUACGAAAUUAAAUCGCAGGAUGGCUUCACCCAUACCGCCUCGUCCAUGACCGAGGUCUGGGAAACGGUGUAUCAGGCGGUACAGAAUGCUCGCAGAGCUCACAACUUGCCCCCUCUGCCUCAUAAUCCCUUGUCCGAGGGUCUCGGCUUGGAAAACAAUGCGACUGUCUAUCUAGUUGAACAACUGCCGGGAAUCAAUCGAUGUAGCAAAUACAAGCCCAAGUUUCACAUUCCAUCGCCGCCGAAAUCUGGCGAAAUGGAAAACGAAUUGCCAGCAGCCUGCGACAAUGGAGCAGUUCGAGCGGAACCGUUCAAGGGCAGGAAGGUGCACGACAUGUUUAGUUGGUUGGCAUCGCAGCACAGGCAACAGCCCAAGAUGAUUUCUAUAUCGGAAGCAGAGUCCAGACGAGUCGCGAGUACAAAUCUGCCCAUGGCAAUGCGCUUUAGAAUACUUAAGGAAACAUCAAAAAAAUCUGUCGGUGUAUACCAUUCUCACAUACAUGGUAGAGGAUUAUUCUGUUUGAGAGAUAUCGAGGCUGGCGAAAUGGUCAUUGAAUAUGCUGGUGAGGUUAUUCGAUCUUCUUUGACCGACAAGAGAGAAAAAUACUAUGACAGUAAAAACAUAGGCUGUUACAUGUUUAAAAUUGACGAUCACCUGGUUGUUGAUGCCACUAUGAAAGGGAACGCAGCUAGAUUUAUCAAUCAUUCAUGCGAGCCAAAUUGUUACUCGCGAGUGGUGGAUAUUCUGGGUAAGAAACACAUACUGAUCUUUGCUCUUCGUCGCAUCAUUCAAGGGGAAGAGUUGACGUACGAUUACAAAUUCCCAUUUGAGGACAUUAAGAUCCCGUGUACCUGCGGCUCUCGCAGAUGUCGCAAAUAUCUCAAUUGAGACUGCGUAUAUACAACUUAUUCUAAGCAGCUGACCGACGACAGAGAUGCAAAAUAUGUGCUAUAAUUGCGCGUGCGCGUGUGCACAUUUUCGAAUAGGAUUCGUUUUUAUUGAAUGUUGUUCAUUUUACUCAUCAUCAAUCUAUUUUCAGAGAUUGCAGCUUUUUAUUACUAUAAAAGAAUACAUAUAGAUUACAUAUACACUCUAAAUAUUAGAAGGCCAGAUAUAAAAUAUACACGAAGCACACGAUGGUUACGACAAUGUUAUCUUAGACAGCUACGUUCGUGUAGUUGAUUUUAAUGGGGUAUACAUACAAGUAUAUACCUAUAGCAAUAAAUCAUUCGAAUAUGCCCCGCUUUCGCAUCCGACAAAGUCGUGCGUGUACUAAUGCGCUUCAGACUUUUGAAAGUGUUACUUUAUUCACGCCUGUGUGUGCUUUCUCGCGCACGACUUUUAGACUCUAUCUAUUAUCUACAAGUGUACAAGUUAUCUUACACUUUACACUAAAUGCGAGUGCUUCUUUUAGAUUGCAUAAUUUGUAUAUAUAUAUACAAAUGAUUUGGUUAAAUUUAAAAACUCUCCCUUUUAUUGUUGGACGAACAUAUCGCAAAGAUAAAAAGAGAUUGCGACGCGUCAGAGCACGACGAAAAAGUAGCAGAUUUUCGAGAAUUUCGAGAGUUUUCGAAAAUUUAAUUAUCCUUUAUUUUCCAUCAAAUUGACACGAAAUAAGUAUAGUGUAUAAAUAAUCUUAUCAAGAACGUAGAUAAUAUCUGCGAUAUAAUUGUAUAUUUUAAUAAUUUGUAAAUUUUAAAUUUAGUGUACAGUGUAUGACUAACUUUGUGACAUUUCAAGUCCGCUGUAGGGCCAGAUUUAAAAUGUUUUUGUAAAAUAUGUAAUUGUUAGAUUAGAUAUAUCGUCUUUGAUGUAAGUAUAGCAAACCAGUUUUAACUUAAAUUAAGAAUGUAGGCAUUAAGGAGAGAGAUACAGAAUGGCAAGCGAGAACAGUCUCCUACAGCAAGGAUAUUGUUCAAAGGUGUACCUACUUUGGCAGAUAUUGAUAUAAUUCUAUGCUUUAUUAUUUUGCAUUGCGACAUGAUUGAAAGAAUAAUCCACCCUCUUUCCAGAUUAAUUUCUAGAUAGAAGUCGAUAGCAUUCUUCUUUCUUGUUACACAUUUUUAGAUAUUGCAUCUAUUUGUGCUUCCAUCUUGCCAAAAUCACAAUCGUUGAUUUUACUUGAUAUCAUCCGAGUUUUAAGAAUUGGUUUAAAUAUAUUUUUAAAAGAAUAUUAUAUUUUAUUUGACAAAGAUUUUGAAAGAAGAGAGAGCGCUGAUAUAUAAUAUGUACAUAUAAAUCUUUUCAAAGGAAUUUCUAUCGAAAAGUUGAUUUGUUUAUUCAGCUCGAUAAAGAUUAGACAUUUUAUUUAGACAUUUUAAUUAGACAUUAUUUGCGAUAAACGUCUUCGGAAAUAUUACUGGUGAACAUUUGUGAUACUUUUUCAGAAUAGGAAAUAUUUGAGAUGCUUUUACAUAGAAGACUAUUCCAUAUACAUUUUACUUUUUUUACACACACACACACACACACACACACACACACAUAUGUAUAUACAUAUGGUGUUUCAUUUUAAUCGCCCCAGGCAAAUAUUUCAAAAAAUAUGAAAGAUGGAAAAACGUUUCAGACAAAAAGUUGUUUGAUUCGGAGGGGGACAUAUGGUAUUAUUGGUUUGAUCUUGAGUGAAAAGGUCAUAUAGAGUUCAACUUUUGAUUUUUUUAAUGGAAUCCCCUAUUUUUCAUGAUACAUUCUUAAGCUACCUCGAGAGCUUUCCAAAA